UGAAAUAUCUACCAAAAUCUGUCAUAUUUUGCUACCACAAUCGAGAAACUUUUAAUUCAGUCAGUACUUAUCUUGCAGAAUUCGAACAAAAUUGUUAGUUUUAAGUAAACCGUAACUUUAAAUCAUGAGUUUCAUUCCGAAAACGAGGACUGCUCUGUCGCGGGCUAUCGUUAGCGUAAGAAUGUACAGCGGCGAACCUGGAUCCGGAGCCGGCAAAGGUGGCGGCGGUGGUGGCUCCAUCCGCGAGGCUGGCGGUGCUUUCGGUAAAAUGGAGGCAGCCAGGGAAGAGGAGUACUUCUACAGAAAGCAAAAGGAACAGCUCUCCAACCUGAAGAAUCACUUGGGCAAAGAGAUUUCCUUCCAUGAAGAUCAGAUCAAACGUCAUGAGGACGCCAUCCGCCGUCAUAAAGAAAAAAUGGCAGACCUCGAACAGAAGCAUGCGUAAACUGAAAAUGCUAUACAGUAAAGUCAUUACAGAAUAAUGUUUUAAGAAUGUCAACUUUUUGCUUUUAUUUUGUUUAGUUAUAGAAGGUUGGUCGCAAUUAUAUUGAUGUCAUUGUGA